CCUUUCAAGAUCGAGUCUUUUUUACAAACCAAAUUCACUCACUCGUGUAUUUAUUAUGUUAGCUGAGCUAUUAAGCUACUGACCCAUUUCCCUUCCGCCGUCUUCAUUCAUUCUCUUCCUUUUCGUUUCAUCUUCCUUCAACCUUGUCUCUUUCAUGAUGCUGCGAACGGCGUUUACUCGGCGAUCACAGAGAUCAACCAUGGAGAUGGGUGGAACCAGAUUCAUGUCAUCACCAUCAUGGUGGAACAAAGUUGAGCCUGCCCCAAAGGACCCAAUUCUUGGUGUCUCUGAGGCAUUUCUAGCAGAUCCAAGCCCGGAUAAAGUUAAUGUUGGAGUUGGUGCUUAUCGUGAUGAUAAUGGGAAGCCUGUUGUUUUGGAAUGCGUCCGAGAAGCAGAGAAGAGAAUUGCAGGGCAUAAGAACAUGGAGUACCUUCCAAUGGGAGGAAGUGCAAAUAUGAUUGAGGAAUCACUUAAAUUGGCUUAUGGAGAGGAUUCUAGUAUGAUUAAAGAUGAGCGGAUUGCAGCUAUACAAUCGCUCUCUGGUACUGGUGCCUGUCGAAUUUUUGCAGAUUUUCAGAAGCGAUUUAGCCCUGAUUCUCAUGUUUACAUUCCUGUUCCAACCUGGUCCAAUCAUCAUAACAUCUGGAGAGAUGCCAAUGUACCACAGAGGACUUAUCAUUAUUACCACCCAGAAUCAAGAGGAUUGCAUUUUGCUGCAAUGAUAGAUGAUAUAAAGAAUGCUCCAAAUGGCUCAUUCUUUCUUCUUCACGCCUGUGCUCAUAAUCCUACUGGAGUAGAUCCAACAGAAGAACAGUGGAGAGAGAUUUCCUAUCAAUGCAAGGUUAAAGGGCAUUUUCCAUUUUUCGACAUGGCAUAUCAAGGUUUUGCCAGUGGUGAUCCUGAGAAAGAUGCAAAAUCAAUUAGGAUUUUUCUUGAAGAUGGUCACUUGAUUGGGUGCUCUCAGUCAUAUGCAAAAAAUAUGGGACUCUAUGGCCAGAGAGUUGGAUGCCUCAGUGUUCUAUGUGAAGAUGAAAAACAAGCUGCUGCGGUGAAAAGUCAGUUACAGCAGCUCGCGAGACCUAUGUACAGUAAUCCACCUGUUCAUGGUGCUCACAUUGUUUCAACUAUACUCAGUGAUCCAGAUCUUAAAAAGUUAUGGCUCAAGGAGGUUAAGGGUAUGGCUGACCGAAUUAUAGGUAUGCGAACUCAACUACAAGAAAAUCUUGAGAAGUUGGGAUCACCACUGCCAUGGGAGCACAUCACUAAGCAGAUUGGCAUGUUCUGCUAUAGUGGUUUGACACCUGAGCAAGUCGAUAGACUGACGAGUGAAUAUCAUAUUUACUUGACCCGUAAUGGUCGCAUAAGUAUGGCAGGCGUAACCUCGGGCAAUGUUGCAUAUUUGGCUAAUGCGAUUCAUAAGGUCACAACGGCUGCCUAAGGCUAAGUGCUUGCAGGUAUACCAUUAGAUUUCCAGAAAAAAGUUGUGUUUAAAUGGAAUAGCUAGACAAUAAAUAUUAAGGCUUUUGAUUCCCUCAAAUGGCAAUGGUUAUUUAUUUAGUUAUUUGUUUACUCUAGUUAAUAAGGGAGAAAAACUAUCACUCAUCCCAUGUGGGAGGGGAAUAUUUAUAAGAAUGUUAAUUUAUUCAUUUGGGACAAAUGUUUGUUUUUGGUCAUUGCUGGAGGGUUUUGUUUACUCUUUGCAACAUUUUAUUAGUUUUGAUUAAUGAAAAAUACUGGGUCUUUU